AUGGCAUCUACGCCUGGUGCUGAAUGUCAGCGUAAGCACCGUUUCGACCGCAUUCUCUCGCCCUAUACUAGACGGCCGCAGCCUUCUCCCUUCACGAAACGUUAUACCGCUUUUCCUUCUCCCACUCUCGGUAACGAGAUGGAUACCCCGUGUACAUCUUAUAACAACCUCAACAAGAAGGGGGGUUCGAUCGAGAAUCAGCGACUUUCUCGAAGUCGCUCUUCGCAUCGUUCACAAGGAAUUACUUCGGCAGAUAAUGGCCUUUAUGGACAGGUCGAGGUUGGUGAAGCGAGUGAGCGUCGAAGUAGCGGUUUAGGGCUCAUAAUGGGUCCAGUUCGCUACCCAUUAAUACCCGCCACUACGACCUAUUCAGAACGCUUACGCCGACUGGCGCCACCGCCUUUGAAGCUCAUGUCAUUAUUGGCCGACCCUCUUUCAUCUUCCACUCCACGUCUUUUGGCCUCUCCAGAGCCGAGUAUUAUCUCCCCAAAUCUGCAUCAAGUCGCAUGCCCCUUACCUACUGGUCAUCUCCUCCGCCCAACAGUGGCGACGCCGCUCAGCCCUUCCGACGACCCGGAUAGCACAUCCCUCUCCUCGUUCGAGCUUCUUCAUUGGCGGAGACGACUGGGACGCGCCACUGAGCCGCCACUCCCGCCACUGAGCUCCUGCCUACCCGGACUGAAAUUCUCUCCCGUUCGGCCUGCACUCUCGCUCUUACAAGAGCGAGGAAGUUCCCGCGAUUCUGUCUCCCCUCGUUCUGAAUACACCCGCUUUGAAGAGCCACCUGCAUACACCCGUUCGAUCAAUACACCUGUGUCGUCUGCGGCUGACGCCCCACCUUUGCCUCGCUUGCCCUGUAUGUCGUUGCCGCAGGUAAUGCACGAUGAUGAAUCCUCCGCGCAAAGUACCCCACCCCUGUCCCCCUUGGGGAUCACUUUCCGUGAUGCCCUUACCAUCGAUAGUCUCGUGGUACGUGCAGACAAGUGCUUAGCAGCAGCAGGCGACGCGGCAUUGUCACUGUGCUCGUGUAGUCUUUUGAAGGACCCCGAGGCCAUAUUUGGCGUGUGUAGAGGCGUGCAGGAGGAGCUAUGCCAUAUUCGAGGAGAGCUUGACGCGACUCCGGAGGAUAGCGAUGCGCAAGACACAGAUGAGUUUCAACGCUGGUUCCAUAGCCAUUGGCAGAUCUUAUCGUCCCUUGAGCGGAACCUGAACAUUUUUUUUCUGUUUACGGAUCAAAUAUGCAGAAAUCCGCCGCGCAUACAUCGCUUGGCAGGGCAUGUCGAUAAAAUGCAUGCAUUCCUCGCCAAAUUUUCCGACCUUGCUCGGAGACUUGCUAUCUCACACGAGAAACUGCGCCAGUUGCGAGUGCAUACCCAGCUCGUCGCCGAACGUCACGCCGCACUUCUCCAAGCUGAGGCCGAGCGCAUGCGUCGGGGCGAGUUUCGAGCGGCGCGGCAGGAAGGGCGCGUACGGCGCAAGAUGAUGCGAGAUGAGAUCCGACAUUCCAAGAAUAUCACUCGGGAGUUGCGUUUGACGCGACGUGGACGCGAUGGAGACGGACCCGACGCCAAUCGUCACUCAAUCAAACAUUGA